GCUUCCCCCCUCGCAUCUUCACUUUUGUUUCGAGCUGUCAUUUCUUUUCGUCUCUCACCCUUCCAUUCUCUGUCUUCUUUCUUUCCCCCUGAGACCCUUCUUACCCUCACAUCAUGGUCUUCACCCCUCAUCCUUUAGCUAUCCUCUCUGAGGAGGAGACCAACAUUGCUCGCGAUGUCAUUUUGGCCGAGCACCCCAACACAGUCAUUGACUUUCGUGAGAUCUACUUAUCAGAGCCUCCCAAGUCUGAGCUUCUCGAAUUCCUCGCCCUUGAACACUCCGGUCGCUUGAGCCCGACUUCGCGCCGUCCCGCUCGUCUGGCCCUGUGCCAGUACGAUGUCAUUGGAUCCGACCGCAUUCCUUCCUUCAACGAGUCGGUCGUUGAUGUGGGCGCGCGCCGGCGGGUCAAGCACCAAGUAGUGGGCAAGAAACACCAUGCCUCGUUGACCUUGAGCGAAUUCGAUACCCUUGUUGAACGUUGCUUUGCAUCUCCUCUGUUUCGCGAAGCUCUCCAGGACUUUGAUCUCCCUCCUGGCUUUGAGGUGACGAUCGAGCCCUGGCCCUAUGGUGGUUUGGAUUACACCGACGAGCCCCGUCGCUACUUCCAGGGGUUGUGCUUUGCGACCAACAAGAGCCACAACAACCCCGAUUCCAACUUCUACUCUUACCCCCUCCCGUUAAUCCCGGUCAUGGAUGCGCUGACCCAGGAGAUCAUCCGGGUCGACCGUCCGGCCACGGGUGGCAAGGGCGACGGCCUGACCGACCAAACAUUCAAGCGGGACAUCAUUGGCCACUGCAAGGAUUCGGACUACGUGCCCGAGCUGGUCCCGGGCGGGAUGCGCAAGGAUCUCAAGCCGCUGAACGUGGUGCAGCCCGAAGGUCCCUCCUUCAAGAUUACCAACGAGUCGUUGGUCGAAUGGCAGAAGUGGCGAUUCCGGGUCGCCUUCAACCCCCGGGAAGGUGCCACGAUCCAUGAUGUUUGGUAUGAUGGUCGCAGUGUCAUGCACCGUCUGAGUAUCAGUGAGAUGACUGUGCCAUAUGCCGAUCCCCGACCCCCCUUCCACCGCAAACAGGCCUUUGACUUUGGCGACGGUGGUGGUGGUAACAUGGCCAACAACCUCUCUAUUGGAUGCGACUGCCUCGGUGUGAUCAAGUACUUUGAUGCGGUCAUUACUGGGGCUGAUGGCAAGGCGCAGAAGCUCCCGAAUGCCAUUUGCUUGCACGAACAAGACAAUGGCAUUGGCUGGAAGCACUCCAACUGGCGCACGGGUCGCGCCGUGGUGACCCGUCACCGUGAGCUGGUGGUGCAGUUCAUCAUCACCCUGGCCAACUACGAGUACAUUUUCGCCUACAAGUUCGAUCAGUCGGGGGGCAUCACGGUGGAGGCGCGCGCCACCGGUAUCCUCAACGUGGUGAACAUCGAUGCGGGCAAGACCAGUGACUACGGGAACGUGGUCAGUGGGGGUGUGUUGGCCCAGAACCACCAGCACAUCUUCUGUGUCCGCAUCGAUCCGGCGAUUGACGGGAACAACAACUCGGUCCAGGUCGAGGAAUCGCACCCCGUGCCCAUGAACGAGGCCACCAACCCCAUGGGCAACUACUACAAGGUCACCAACGAGACGCUGGAGCGAGCAGGCUGGCUGGACGCUGCUCCCGACCUCAAUCGGACGAUCAAGAUGGUCAACCCCCACAAGAUCAACCCUAUCAGCCAGAAGCCGGUGGGAUACAAGUUUAUUCCUCUGGCGACCCAGCGCCUGCUGGCGGAUCCCAACUCAGUCCAGGCCCGGCGUGCGCAGUUUGCGCAGCAUCACGUCUGGGUCACUAAGUACCGGGAUGGCGAGCUGUACGCUGGUGGCCGGUACACGCUGCAGAGUCAGGAGGAGAUUGAAGGUGUUUCGGAUGCAGUCAAGCGAGGCGACUCGGUCAAGGACACCGACGUGGUGGUUUGGAGCACGUUUGGCAUUACUCACAACCCUCGCGUGGAGGAUUGGCCUGUGAUGCCGGUGGAGAUCUUCCAGCUCAUGAUCCGCCCGGCGGACUUCUUCACGGCCAACCCGUCGCUGGAUGUGCCCUCGGACCGCAAUGUGUCCUCGCGGAUCGUGGAUAAGGAGUGCUGCCGCAAGGCGCACAUCUAGACUGGACUAUGGAUGACUUAUGACUAUGAAAUGUAUAUGUAUUGAUUUGUGUAUGGAUUUGAAUUUGGAUACUCAGGCACAUUAGUAGGAACGAUAUUGGCAGCUCAGAGCCAUUUAGUGGGGAUAUACAGGGCUGAAUGCAAAUUGUCACCUACGAACUCGG